AUGACGAUAUCUGUCACGGCCACCCCCAAGCCCCAAGAGGGAGCCGGGCCGGGGCCCACGAAAGCCGGCCCUGCAACUACCCCGUACCACACGCUCAGCAGGGCAAUCCCCUUUGCCACCCUGGACCAGCACCGGUACUGGCACGCGGUGGCCCCGAUGCUGGGCGAGAUGCUCACGCGGGGCGACUACAGCCUGCACCAGCAAUACGGAUACCUGAGCCUGUUUGCGCAGGUGAUCGUGCCGCGACUGGGGCCCUUUCCCAGCCAGCAAAACAUCUACAAGUGCCUGCUCGGGGGCACCGGGUCCGUCGAGCUGAGCCAGAACGUCCAGCGCCGGGGGCUCACCGCACGGGUGGCCUUUGAGCCGACCAGCUACAUCGCCAGCACGGGCGCGGACCCCUUCAACCGACAGGCCGUGCACGCCACCCUCGCCGAGCUGCGCACCCUGGGCGCCGCCCAGGUCGACCUGGAGCUGCACCACCAGCUGCACCACCAGCUGACGCUCAGUGACCGCGACGAGCAAGGCAUGACCGCCGCCCAGAUCGCCGACACCGUGUGGCGCACGCAGACCCUGCUGGCGCUCGACCUGAGCCCGUGCGGCACGAUCACGGUGAAGGAAUACUUCUACCCGGGCCUCAAAGCCCAGCGCACCGGCUGCAGCGUCGCGGACCUGUGCUUCCGCGCGAUCCGCUCUGUGGACCCAGAGGGCCGCUUCGCAGCGGCCGCGCAGGCCAUCGCGCGCCACAUGCAGACCCAGCCCCGCACCGACCUGUAUUUCCUGUCGUGUGACCUCGUCGACCCGGCGACCACGCGCUUCAAGCUCUACCUGAUGGAGCUGGACAUGCGGUGGGCCAAGGUCGAGGAGCACUGGACGCUGGGCGGGGCGCUGGCGGGGGAUGCCGACGUGGCCCGGGGGCUGGCGAUGCUCCGCGAGCUGUGGCGCGACUUCGGCAUCCUCGAGGGCCAGCGCGCCGAGCCCGAGCGGCCCUCGCUGCCCGGCGAUCCCGAUACCAUCGUGCCGUUUAUCUUGAACUACGAGCUGCACCCGGACCGGCCGCUGCCGGUGCCCAAGUUCUAUUUCCCGUUGGUGGGCAUCUCCGACCUGAAGGUCGCCGCCGUGCUCGAGGCCUUCUUCCAGCGGUGGGAGAUGCCGGAGCAGGCGGCGGUGUAUCGCGAGAAUCUGCAGGCGUACUACCCGACGGCGGAUUUGGCGAAGGCGACCGAUCAUCAGGCGUGGAUGUCGUUCUCGUACUCGCAGAAGAAGGGGCCGUAUCUGACUAUGUACUAUCAUUAGGGGGUUACCGUUUUUAUGCGGUGCUAUUGCGCGUUGGUAGAGUAGUCAAACU